GAGGAACGGUGGCGGCUGCUCGAGGUGCAGUGGUCCCACGGCGUGUCGGAGCCGAUGCCCCUCAACCCCGCCGCGUGGGCGUUGGCAAGCCUGUGGGCGUCGGGCGGGACCUGGGAGCAGGUGAGCCGCGAGGCCUCGAGGCAGGGGCUCGCCGACGGGGACCUGUACCGCUGCCUCAGGGGCACACUGGAGGUGCUGCAGGCCUUGCGGCAGUCCAGUGCGCUCGCGAAGUACGCGAGCCCUGUCUGGCGCCGGCGCGUAGGAGACGCGGUCACCGCCGUCCAGAGAAGCCCCCUGAGCGACAACAUCGCGCUCGACGAGGGGGAGGCGGUGCUGGAGCUCGGAGCCGGAGCCCGCGGCUGAGCCGUGGCCCGCGUCCGUGCGGCACCAUCUGCAGCAGCGGGUGGACAAGCGUUCCGGAA